AUGUUGUACUCCCAAUCUUUGACAGCAGGUGCUACAACUGAAGAUAUAUUUAAUUCAAUAUCAAAUUUUGUUGAAAAAAAUGACUUGGAUUGGAAGAAACUCAUUGCACUUUGCACCGAUGGCGCACCUGCAAUGAUAGGUGUACGAUCGGGCUUAGCUAAAAAGCCACAGAAAUUACGCCAGACUUUGGACUCGGCUAUCAGGAUUGUAAACUACAUAAAGAGCAGCGCUUUGAACAGUCGGUUAUUUACUUUACUUUGCGAGGAUCUCAAUUCUGAUCACAAAGUUCUUCUGUUCAAUACAGAAGUAAGCUGGCUAUCCAAAGGCAACAUGUUGGCUCGCCUUUAUGAAUUGGAAGAAGAAGGAAUUCUUUUUCUAGAGUUCAAAGAAAAACACUAUUUCUUGACAAUGUUCAGAGAUCACACAUUUCAAUGGAGGUUGGCUUAG